AGAAGAUGGGGAGCUGAACUUAAAUCCACCACCUGGGCAUGUUCAAUAUUGUGCACCUAUUCAAACUUCUUUAGAUCCUCACAAAUCUCCAGAGUGUGAUAUAAGACCAGACAACAGCCAUGUUAAUUUAGUGGUUACACCAAAUGAAAUCACAAAGAGAGCAGAUCCAAUGCAGGAAACCCAGUGGGAAGACAAACAAGAUGUUACAAACAAAGUUGUGAAAUCUUCACCAAGGGAACAGUUGGAAGAACUUGCAGGAGGUAGCACUGAGGAGAAGGACGAAAAGCAGUUUGAACAUCUGCCAAAAGCCACUUCAGGACUUACUGACCAGUUUGACAACGACAUAAUUAACACACUGGAAUCUGGACCUUGUACCACCUUCAUCCAGCAGGGUAUUGUCACUGGAAAAACACCAGUAGAGAAAGCUGCUGUGGGACUGAAGAUGGACGCAGAAAGUAACAAUGCAGAGGAAGCUGCACGGGGGAAGGGUGUGAAAGCUGUCAAAUUACAAGAAGAACAGAUGCGAUCCAGAAAGAACAAAGCUGGAAAUGUGAGCAAGCAGAAAAAAGAAGAGAGUGAUGCUCGCCUGACUAAACACCACAUAGACAAGCGGCCCAAUAAAAAUGCAAUCGAGACCCGAAAACAUUCUUCACUCACAUCUGAGAAAAAGAAGAGAGGCAUCAAAGAAAGACAGAACGGUAAGAUGAGGACAAAGGAAGCGGCAAAAAAAGAGAAAGGAAGGAAGGAAGACUUGACCCGAAGAACACGACAAAUUAAACGAAAUGACAAAGAGGAUUAUCCUAAUGUUCCCUUACAUAAACGAAUAGAUGAUUGUCUGGAGAAAGAGGACAUGGCUGCUGAACAGGAAACAGGCGAAGGCUUUUCUCUAGAAUCCCCCAGAUGUUUUGCUGAAAAACCAAAUGCUGUCACUAGCAUGGAGCACGACAAUGUGUGCCUAUUCACUGAUGGUGAACACAGCACUGAGAGCAGUGUCCGUUCAGUUAGUUCCCAAAUGUCUCCUUCUGCAUCCUUGGACCUCGAUGUGAGGAGCUCCCUGAGGUCUUCCUACGAGGGUCUAUCGGCAGACAUGCCAAUCCUCACAUCCUCUCACGCUCAAUCGUCAUCGCCGUGUUCCACCAUCAUGGUAACUGAGCAACAGCUGAUGUUAGAACUAGUGAAGACUGAGACCUCCCGAAGCAAUGAGGAGAAGACCCGUCGUCAGGCUGAGCGAGCUGAGAUACGAAGGCACGAGAUGGAGAGGAGGAGAAGGGAGCAAGAGGAGGUCGAAAGAAUGGAGCAGCAGGAGAGAAAGUGGACAAAGGAUAACAUCAGGAAUGAGCUGGAGGAGGAACGGAGAAGGAGAGCUGAACAUCUCAGACUGAGGAAGCUCGGAGAGGAAGAGGUGAGUAGGACACGCGAGCAGGAGGAGCAGGAGCGAGCCAGACAGGAGCAAGUGGAACGAGAGAGAGCAAGGAGGCGACAAGGGGGGAGGAGGCGACAGAUGGAACGACUGCAGAAGAUGAGGGAGGAAGAGGCGAGGAAGAGGAAUGCGGAAGUGGAACAUCUACAUUUGGAGGAACAGAGGAGGCAGGAGGAGGGGUGCAAGACCUUGCAGGAUAUGGACAUGAGUGAGAGAGAUGAGUACCUCGCUCUGCAGGAGCUACAGAAGGAGGACAGGAGGACCAAAGAGGAAGCGCACCAAAUGGGGGAAGAAGAACAAGCUUUGAGGGCCGAAGAGAUGGCGGUGUUGCAGCAGCAGACGGCCUUCAAAAGGGGUCUGCCGCUGGAGGUCGAAGGGAUGGGAAGAACCCAGGGCAUCUCCAGGCCGUGGGUCUAUUCCUAUUUCACUUUGUUACGGCUGCAGGACCUGAAUUCCACAAAAACUUAA